UCGGUAUGUUGUAUACAUGCAUAUACCUAACUAGCCUCUACCGGCUUGUGACGUACUGAGGACAUCAUAGAUCGACAUCGCUUGCGCGGGGGAAUGCGUCCAUAGGAUUCUCGGCCAUUGCCUACUACAGGUAUCCACCUGGUCGUCAACCAAUUGUGGCCAUGCGAAUACAGCUGCAAUUUGCAAUAACCGAGGCUGCUUCUCCCAUAUAUACUAUAUAAGUGCAUAUGACGACGACAAGCUUCCCGGCUUCCGGCCAAGCUUUCCUACCAAGCUUCCAAGCUUCCAAGCUCCCCCCAGCUUGCCGGCCACGAGGCUCCGUUUUGUUCUGUACCAAGCUUGAUUUCCGAGAGGGCUUGCUUUGGGCCCCUCUAGUAGGUAGAUGUGAAUUUUGCCUGAUCCUGCCGACCUUCACCUAAACACAGCACGUUUGCAUCAACCUUAGGAUUCGUAUAUACCUGCCCGGUAUAAUGCAUCAACCUGGAGGCAUUCAAAAGGUCUCUGGUCUGGUUCGCAAAGUACCCUUCCGCCCCCCACAAACAUCUAGAGACUGUGCCUAAGAUGGCGCCGGUGGUUAUCUUGAUACGCCAUGGUGAAGCUUUACAUAAUAUUCUACAUGACUGGGAGUUGCCUGACCCGGACCUGACCGAGAAGGGCGUAGAGCAAUGCAAAGCCCUGAUGGCAGAGCUGGAGCCAAAUCUGCCCUUCGCCCAGGAAGAGUGUCGUAUAGUGGUAAGCCCCCUGAGACGGACGUUACAGACUGUCCACCACGGCCUCCAGUGGCUCCGAGACCGCGGGGUCCCCGUCGAGGUCCGUGCCGAAUGGCAGGAAACCACGGACAAUCCUUGCGACAUUGGCAGAGAGCCCUCAUCCAUCAUGAGCGAAUGGCCCGAUUUUGACUUCUCGGGCCUGGACCCCAUUUAUCCCCAGAAGAUUGACUUGUACGAAAACUCAGAAGAGGCUUUUCAGAAGAGGGCGUCGCUUGUUAAGCGCUGGCUCUUCAGGAGGCCUGAGAAGUGCGUCGUCGUCGUCACGCAUUCGGGGUUCCUCAAAAGGGUCGUUCAAGGACCCAAGUUCAGGAAUGUGGAGUACAGGAUGUAUGAACUAGUCGAGGGCACGGAGGAUCUGGAGCUCAGCGAGAUCAGCAGAGGAAAGGCCUCAGCGAAGCAGACAUAAAGGAAAGAAAGGAUCCCAUCCCGUAGUGAAAGUUUACGUGGGCACGUCCCAGACACGAACGUGGGAUGGGUUCAGAGCAUUCGACACAUGUGGGCAGGUCAAGAUGUUGGGAGGGAGAGGGGGACCAUACGGCAAUAUGGAGCAUUGGCAUACACCACGGGGUGCUGAAGCGCGCGGUGCCUCUGUUCAUAGUGGUUGCAUCGCAUCGCAUCACUUCCGGAACGAGAAACCUGCAGCUUUUGUGCUCCAAGACGAAUGCGACGAAACGAAACGAUGCUUCAUUCUCAUGACUAGAUCCAUAACAGCCAAGGCGGCCCAGCGGCCAGAACGUUAUCACGACAACAAUACACCAGCCACUCGGCCUGAACAUGAGAAAUGCCGUGCGUUACGUGCAGUGGCAGACGUCGUCUGUACGAUCUCGGAUGCUACCUAGGGGGUUUGUGAUGUCGCCGAUAUUUACCAUGGGGACCCGAUGUCAGAGUACAGGUAAGUAUGUAUCGAGUCCCCUCAAACGAACGGCAUAUUGCGAUCUUGCACUAGACUCGGCUGUACAGACGGUGAGGGGAAAGCCGUCUCUGAGCAAUCAGGUGAUGUAGAGAAUCGGACGUGCUGUCGAAUGUGAAGAGGAGAGAACAGAGAAAGGGGGGAGAAAAAAAAUAGGAAAAGAAAAGGCGAAGGGGUG